AUCAAGGUUGAACUUCACCGCUAGGAGCAAACCAUUAGGCCUUUAGGACUCAGAGUACACGAAACCGUCAUUCCCUCGAUCGAACUCAUCAGACUAGCUAAGUCUAAGUGGAGGCUGCGCCUAUCUGUAUAUCUUCUUACUCCUUCAGGAGUAUGCUGCUAUCUGUUGUUUGUUUCAUACAUCAUUCCUUGGACCUCUCUCUAGCACCAGCAUCAAGCUUGUCGAUAAGAUGUUUAUCAGCAACAUGCUUAAGACCAAUCCCACUUUCUGGCGCAAGAGUAGGGGCUCUGCUUCCAGAGUCAAGUCACCUGCAGAUACAAAGGCUGUGAUCGAGUCCAACUCGCCGACCUUUGACGAUGCAACAUCCCCUCCUUCGUCUUCGAAGGCUCGCAAAUUUCGCUUCUUCUCCACUCUCACGCACUUCAAAAAGAUGUCUCUGGCUAGCGUCUUCAAGAAGGGCCCUCCAGUCCAAAUACAUCCCACAGUGUUACCUUGUACAACUUUCACCGUUCCAGACCUAUCCAGAAAUGUCCUGGUUGUCUCUGAAGAUGGCGUCUUGCAGCCUGUGACGCCCUCGCCAACUGAACAUUGGGAGGGUGGUGCAGAAUUUGGGCUUAUAUCUUCCGCUAUGGACAGAUCUUCAAGUCAGGAGGAUAUAAAACCCGAUCCUCCUGGUAGUCGCAUAGCAGAUCGUGUUACCAGUCUACGAAUGAGAACUGCCGCAGUUUGGGCUAGCAUUCCAGCCACCGUGGAGGGACUACCAGCUUCAUGCCCAUCUAGCGAAUCGUCUACUCCAGUCAAGUCCAAGAUGAUCUCCUUGGAGCACGAUGAGACCACAACCGUCACAUCUGCAAUGAUGGACAGUCCAUCGUUUUCAUCACCUGCUACUUCUGUCACGGCCGUGUCAGAUUGGGGUCCGCGAGACUCUUUGGCCAAUCUCAGUAUGAUAGGUCACAAACAGGAACGGAUACGCGUAAUGCCAAAGGUCUUACCUGCGUUGGAUAUUAUCUCCCUUUCCCAGCCGCCAGAACUGGGUUUGGCACGUAUUACACCACCGUCUGAAUGUCAGGGGCCCAAUAGGGACACACUCAACUAUACCCCCAAUACUCCUACAGCUGGCUGGGAGUUAUCCCCUGAGAUGCCAAGCAGCUCAUCAGGACAACGUGCCAAUUCCCGAGCAGUUAUGCACCUAGACUCACCUUCUCCGAGUCCUCGAACGGCUCAUACUGUACCGAGCACUGCCGGCUACUCCCACACUGCCAAGCGAUCCUUUCACAGGUUACCGGUCGUGCAACUUUUCAUGAAUUCAGAUGAAGACCUUGCAACGUCCAGCAUCCGAGGCUCUCUUACGACUCUAUUCCAGAGACCGCUGGCAACGGGGAUGCCCCUUCACCCAUGGUCGUGCGCCAAGAUUGCGCGUGCUGAAACUAAGCGAGCGUCUCGUAAGGAGCAGUUGAACAAGGGGGGCUUCUUUACUCGCAUAUCUCGCUUCUUAGAGGCUGGUCCUCAAGACAGUAUUCCUGUCUCUUUCAAGAGGUGCCCUUCCGCAAUGUAGUCUUUUGUUCCGGAAACCAUGCUGACGAUUCCCACAGGUAGAAACACUUACUCAGGACACAAGAAUUUCCUUCCACCACUGUUACCUGUGUUUUUCACUCUCAUCGUCACCCCAUUGUAUCAUAUUUCAUUGAUGUGCUCUGGAGCACAUCAUCGGCAUAGUUCAUGAUACAUCGCACACAUAUCCAUUUCUAUCCAUCACACAGUACUCAUCGUCACGUUCUCUCGCUCUCAUUUUCUCGUCAUUUGCUUUUUCGUUACUUAACCUUGGAACAAAUCGUCAAAUCUGACAAUAGGAAGUUAUAUAUCUACUUCUGGCUCUGGUAGGGCACAAUACCAUGUCUGCGAUUGUUGACUUUCAAAUAUUCAGCUGCAGCACUAAGGUGUAAAUUUGGUGCAA